GGAGUUCCGCCACGCUUUUAAGGCGGACGCCCCGGUGCCUUCGGGGCGCAGAUGAGUAGCCCCACACAUUGGAACUGUUCCGAAACUUCGUAGCCCCUCCCGGGUCCGCACUCCGCGAAGCUUGGGCCUGUGCACGUGAGCCGCCACGGAUCCGGAGCAGACCUCGCGGGUGAGGGCGCGACCUAGGCUGGAAGCCACUUCACGUCGCACGGUUAGGACCGCGGCGCGGCUCGCGAGUGUGUCACCGGCUCCUGCUGCGAGCCCGCCCGGAACGGCGGAGUCCUGGAAGACUGUCCUUUGGCCAUGUCACAGAAUGGACACCUUGAGGACUCCAGUGAAUACUUCUCAGCUGCGACUCUGGGAUACUUCAAGAACGACAUGGAUGAUACCCCUGAAGUGCGGGAAGACAGCCUGGGGGAUGAAGCCUUUGACACCGUCAACUCCUCCAUUGUGUCUGCCGAGAGCAUCAGGUUUUUCGUCAAUGUCAACCUUGAAGUUCAGCCCUCCAAAUCUGACUUAGAAACUGCAACUGGUGGCUGUGUGCUCCUACACACCUCCCGCAAGUAUCUGAAGUUGAAGAACUUCGAGGAAGAGGUCCGUGCACACCGGGACCUGGAUGGCUUCCUGGCCCAGGCCAGCAUCAUCCUGAAUGAGACAGCUACCUCACUGGAUGAUGUUCUUCGGACUAUGCUGAACCGCUUUGCCCAGGACCCCAACCAUGCAGAACCUGACUGUGACCUGGACCUGCUCAUGGCCAAGCUCUUUACAGAUGCAGGGGCCCCCAUGGAGAGUAAAGUCCACCUGCUGUCAGAUACCAUCCAGGGAGUCACCGCCACUGUCAGAGGGGUGCAGUACCAGCAGUCAUGGCUCUGCGUCAUCUGUACCCUGAAGGCCCUGCAGAAGCGGCAUGUGUGCAUCAGCCGCCUGGUUCGACCACAGAACUGGGGAGAAAACUCCUGUGAGGUUCGCUUUGUCAUCCUGGUGCUGGCCCCACCCAAGAUGAAAAGCACAAAGACUGCGAUGGAGGUGGCGCGCACGUUUGCCACCAUGUUCUCAGACAUCACCUUCCGCCAGAAGCUCCUGAAGACCCGCACAGAGGAAGAAUUCAAGGAGGCGUUGGUGCAUCAGAGACAGCUGCUCACCAUGAUGAUGCCACGAGCGAAAGGGCACAGCACGAACUCCCUCCACUCUCAUAAACACCCUCAGCCCCCGAAGUUCAAGGACUUUUUCCCUUUUGGAAAGGGCAUCUGUGUGGACAUCAUGCACAGGUUCCCCGUGUACCCUCUGGAUUUUACCGAUGGCAUCAUCGGGAAAGGCAAGACCGUGGGCAAAUAUGUCACCACCACGCUCUUCCUCUACUUUGCCUGCCUCCUGCCAACGAUUGCUUUUGGAUCCCUCAAUGAUGAGAACACGAAUGGGGCCAUUGACGUGCAGAAGACCAUAGCUGGGCAGAGCAUCGGAGGCCUCUUAUACGCGCUCUUCUCCGGACAGCCACUGGUGAUACUGCUGACAACUGCUCCCCUGGCCAUCUACAUCCAGGUGAUCCGGGUCAUCUGUGAUGACUACAGCUUAGACUUCAACUCCUUCUAUGCAUGGACGGGCCUGUGGAACAGUUUCUUCCUUGCGCUUUAUGCCUUCUUCAACCUCAGCCUGCUCAUGAAUCUUUUUAAGAGGUCAACAGAGGAAAUCAUUGCCCUCUUCAUUUCCAUCACGUUUGUGCUGGAUGCUGUCAAGGGCAUGGUCAAAAUCUUCUGGAAGUACUACCAUGGUCACCACGACCACACCAAAAGGACUUCAUCCUUGGUGAGCUUGUUGAGCAUUGGCAGAAACUCCAACACCAGCCUCCACACUGCGCUCAACACCAGCCUGUUGGAUAGCCCCAUAGAGAUGGCCACAGCCAGCAGCCCCAGCAGCACUCACUCGGGUCAGGCUACGGCAGUGCUCAGCCUCCUCAUCAUGUUGGGCACACUCUGGCUGGGCUAUACCCUCUACCAGUUCAAGAAAAGCCCCUACCUGCACCCAUGUGUGCGUGAGACCCUGUCUGACUGUGCCCUGCCCAUCGCGGUGCUCACCUUCUCCCUCAUCAGCUCCUAUGGCUUCCAGGAAAUUGAGAUGAGCAAGUUCAGAUACAACCCCAGCGAGAGCCUCUUUGAGAUGGCACAGAUCCGCUCUCUGUCCUUCAAGGCCAUCAGCAGCACCAUGGGUCUUGGUUUCCUACUCUCCUUGCUUUUCUUCAUUGAGCAGAACCUGGUGGCUGCCCUGGUCAAUGCACCAGAGAACAGGCUGGUGAAGGGCACUGCCUAUCACUGGGACCUCCUGCUACUUGCCAUCAUCAAUACGGGGCUGUCUCUGUUCGGGCUACCCUGGAUCCAUGCUGCAUACCCCCACUCCCCGCUGCAUGUGCGGGCACUGGCUUUAGUGGAGGAACGUGUGGAGAAUGGGCACAUUUAUGAAACGAUUGUGAAUGUCAAGGAGACCCGGCUGACCGCGCUGGGCGCCAGUGUCCUGGUGGGUCUCUCCCUGCUGCUGCUGCCCUUUCCACUGCAGUGGAUCCCCAAACCUGUGCUUUAUGGGCUCUUCCUCUACAUUGCGCUCACCUCCCUGGAUGGCAACCAGCUCUUCUCACGUGUGGCCCUGCUGCUCAAGGAGCAGACAUCAUACCCACCCACACACUACGUCCGGAGAGUGCCCCAAAGGAAGAUCCACUACUUCACAGGCCUGCAGAUUCUGCAGCUGCUACUUCUCUGUGCCUUCGGCAUGAGCUCCCUGCCCUACAUGAAGAUGGUCUUUCCCCUCAUCAUGAUUGCCAUGAUUCCGAUCCGAUACAAUCUGCUACCCCGGAUCAUUGAAGCCAAGUACUUGGAUGUCAUGGACGCUGAGCAUAGACCCUGACCUGUGCCAUCCUCCCCAUCCUUUCAGGCCUGCUCUGUGACAACGCAAAGGGAGGUAUGAACUGGCCGUGGCUCUGGCCAGUCCUCAUUGCGGUCUAAAGCCCCUGGGCAUUGUGGUUUUCAGUGGUGUGUACUCACCCCUCACCCCAUUAACUUUAGUUUGGGGUUAGGGACAUUGCCAGGAUGGGGCUAAGAGCAGAUUUCUUUUGAUAAAAGAGUUGAUGCCCAGGAGAGAGCCCAUUUCCUUGAUUGUAUAAGGAGUUCACUGUGUGUACAUUAGUGAAUAAAAGUCUUGUUUCUAUGCUUCAA